AUUUCUGCUAAAUAAUAUCUUCCUUUCGUUAAAUAGAAUUCCUAAUUACUUGUUUGUUUGGAACACACUUAAAUCCCGUUCAACCCGGCAAUUUCAGUUUCUUAUGACCUCCAAAAUAUCAGAUAGCCAAACACGGACAAUGACACUAAGCUGACUAUGUUGCAUUUUUCUCUGCCUGAGAAACAGAUCACCGCACCAUAGAGAACCCGAAGCACAAUUCUCGCCGGACUAUUGACGUCGUCGUUUCCGCGGCUGAUCACUAUCCCAGGUCUACUUCAUGUAUUAAUGGACACUGAAAGUAGUGCAGAGUUGAAUGGACACCGCCAAAUGCUUCCACCUCCACCUGGAACAUUUAUAGACCGUGAAGAACUUAUACAGCAUGUUGGGGACUUUGCUGUAUCCCAGGGAUAUGUGGUUACUAUUAAGCAGUCUAAGAGAGAUAGAGUAGUUAUUCUUGGUUGUGACAGAGGAGGUGUAUAUCGUAAUAGGCGGAAGGCUGCUGAGGAAUCCUCUGCUGAACGCAUCCGCAAGAGGAAGUCAGGUUCUCGGCUUACCAACUGUCCUUUUGAAUGUGUCGGUAAGAAGGAUGAUGGGUUGUGGAUACUUACAAUAAAAAAUGGAACCCACAAUCAUGAACCAUUAAAAGACAUUUCAGAACAUCCUACUGCUCGCCGCUUUUCAGAGGAAGAAAUUAGGUUAAUUAAAGAGAUGACUGAAGCUGGAUUGAAACCACGACAAAUUCUGAAGAGAUUGAGACAAAGUAACCCAGAUCUUCUAUCCACUCCAAAGCAUGUAUACAAUGUUAAAGCUAAAAUCCGACAAGGAAACCUGACAGUGAGACAUUUUAGGUCAUUGAGAACUGACAAAUCUGCUGCUGGGAACAGUUCUUUUUCUGCUACUGAGCCAUCUUGGAGGCAGCAUUACCCCAUGAGGGUUCCCAAUCUCAUUGGAGGUAAAUUCAUUGAUUCACAAUCUUUUGCAACUAUCGAUGUUAUAAAUCCUGCAACACAAUAUAUUGUUUCUCAAGUCCCUUUGACUACAAAUGAGGAAUUCAGAGCUGCAGUAUUUGCAGCAAAGCGAGCAUUUCCAGCAUGGAGAAACACACCAAUUACCACUCGCCAACGAAUUAUGUUCAAAUUCCAAGAGCUUAUUCAGAGGGACAUUGAUAAGCUGGCAAUGAGCAUUACUACCGAGCACGGAAAGGCUUUAAAAGAUGCAUAUGGAGAUGUAUCACGAGGGCUAGAGGUGGUGGAACAUGCUUGUGGGUUGGCAACUCUGCAAAUUGGAGAAUUUGUUUCCAACGUCUCCAAUGGAACUGAUACCUAUAGCAUUAGGGAACCACUUGGCAUAUGUGCUGGAAUUUGCCCAUUUGACUUUCCAGCAAUGAUCCCACUAUGGAUGUUUCCCAUUGCUGUCACGUGUGGUAAUACUUUUAUUCUAAAGCCACCAGAGAAGGAUCCAGGGGCUUCUGUGAUUUUAGCAGAGUUAGCCAUGGAAGCUGGAUUGCCUAAUGGUGUCUUAAAUAUUGUUCAUGGCACCAAUGACAUAGUUAAUGCUAUUUGUGAUGAUGAUGAUAUUAAAGCUAUUUCAUUUGUUGGUCCAAAUUCAGUUGGUGCUUAUGUGUAUGCAAAAGCAUCUGCUAAAGGAAAACGUGUUCAGUCCAAUAUUGGAGCAAAAAAUCACGCAGUUGUCAUGCCUGAUGCAAGUGUAGAUGCUACUUUAAAGGCUUUAGUUGCUGCUGGCUUUGGUGGUGCAGGACAAAAGUGCAUGGCCCUGAGCACAGUUGUCUUCGUUGGAGGCAUAAGUCCAUGGGAAGAGAAACUAGUAGAGCAUGCUAAAGCACUUAAAGUAACUGCUGGAACAGAACCUGAUGCAGAGCUUGGUCCAGUCAUUAGCAAACAGGCAAAGGAACGAAUAUGCACGCUAAUACAAACAAGCAUUGAGAAUGGUGCAAAACUAGUUCUUGAUGGAAGAAACAUUAUGGUUCCAGGAUAUGAACACGGGAACUUCAUGGGUCCCACCAUCUUAUCUGAUGUCUCAGUCGACAUGGAAUGUUACAAGGAAGAAAUUUUUGGCCCAGUUCUUCUUUGCAUGCAGGCUGAUACCAUUGAAGAGGCCAUUAACAUUGUUAAUAGAAAUAAAUUCAGCAAUGGAGCUUCUAUAUUUACAUCAUCUGGUGUAGCUGCAAGGAAGUUUCAGACAGAGAUUGAAGCUGGGCAGGUUGGCAUUAAUGUUGCUAUAUCAGUUCCACUGCCAUUCUCUUCCGUCAUUAGCUCCAAGCCAUCUUUUGCAGGAGAUGUCAACUUUGAUGGAAAAGCUGGAAUUCAGUUUUACACUCAAAUUAAAACAGUGACUCAACAAUGGAGAGAUCUACCAAGUGAAGAGUUAUCAGCUAUGCCGUUGCCUAGCUCUUAGAGAUUACAGUAGAUAUAACGUUCUUCAGGAAGGGGAAGGGGCAUAGAAUAGACAAAACAUAUAUGUAUUUAUAGUGGAUUUCUUUUCUCCUUUUGAACUACAGGAAAUUGUAUCAUUUUGUUUAUAUUUAUCCACACCCUUGAGAUAUUGCCCCCAUGAUUUCAAACACCCUUUUGGCGGUUUUGUAAUCGGCUUUCUAAAUUCAAUUUUGAUUCAA